AUGGAAGGACAGCCAGACGAAAAGCUGAGAAAUGAGAUGGAAGGACAGCCAGAUGAAAAGCUGAGAAAUGAGAUGGAAGGACAGCCAGAUGAAAAGCUGAGAAAUGAGAUGGAAGGACAGCCAGAUGAAAAGCUGAGAAAUGAGAUGGAAGGACAGCCAGAUGAAAAGCUGAGAAAUCAAGAUCGGAUGGAUCAUGAAAGGGAACCUGCAGAGGAUGAGUGGAGGAGUUGGCACAGAGGACAGGUCAGGAACACGCUGCACCUCAUAUCUGCAGCUGCUCAGUGGAUAUUACUGCUUGCCUGCUUGAUUUACCUUGGUAUAGAUUCUCUGCAGCCCUCAAUGUCUCAGAGGGGCAAAGUGCCAUGGACUUACAUCCACUACACAGGUAAAAGCUUCAAAGGAGCAGCUGUGAAUCUCACUGCUGAAGCAGGCUCUAUGCAGAUCAGAAAUGGUUCCAUUGUGAUGCCCUGUGAUGGCCUCUACCUAGUGUCCUUGAAGGGACAUUUGUUUGCCCAGAACUUGCUAAAGCUGACGUUGAAGACAGAUAACAUCCUCUGGGAGCAAACUGUCAACAGAAGCAGUGCAGUAAAUCUCAUCACAGUGCUCUUUUUGUUUCAGCAAGAUAACAUCACCCUGUCAACGAGCUCCGAAGCUAUAAUCAGCCACUUGUCCAUCAGCCUUGUGUUACAAAGCUCUGUAGAUGACGACGUGAAAUGUCAUAUGUAGAGCACAGACUUCCCUACCAAUUCACCUGCACGUGGGUGGCUUGUUUUCACAGGCACAGGCAGACUGCUCUGGCCUCUCCCCUCCCUGUGGCGGUGGAAAGCCUCAGCUGGAGCGCAGGUAAACCACAGUGCAAGAGGGCUUUGUGUGAGUGCACACUGCUUUCCAGAGCUCUGUGCAGCUGUUUUCCUAACUAGGAUGAAUCUUUCUAAUGCUGGGGAAAUUGUGGAGCUGCUGAGAACAAGCAAGAGCCAAAGAAAGUCAUCUAAGCCUAGCUCACAUUCAGAGAAACUCUGGGUUUCUCUGUGUACUUGACGGCAUCUGCAUGUAGGACAAGUGCGCUGCGUAUUUGCUGCAAUAAAAGUCUGGUAAAUCGAGAAGAUAACUCACGUUGUCUCGAAGCCAUUUGGAGGAGGAGAACAGAUGUGUUCAACAGUCCUUUUCCUGACAAGGCAGAAGACAAGGAAGAGGCAGCAAGAUCCAGACAAAUGCUCCCUGAGAGGUAAAGGCCAAAAAGGGAAGGUGAUAUUUUGAAAUGAGCCAAGAGGACUGCACUGGACAGCAGAAAUACAGAUCCUGCAGUAACUAUGAGGUAUUUAGGAGCAGCCUUUAAGAAAGGAGGCCCACUGGCUAUUCCAGCUACCUGCAGACUAUUGAAGCCUGAGCCCAGGGAAUAUCUGAUGAACAUUCACAUCCUGACAGCAGCCCCUGGAGGCAUUCAUUUGGAGGAGACUCUCCUUCAAGCACAUGCGCACAGACUGGCUUGUCCAGAAAAAUGAUCCAGGCACAUAAAACUUUGGGAAAAAACAUGAAGUCUUUGCAUUUGCUGGGUUCUUUCUAAUGGACUAAGUGAAACCUGCAGGUCUGCACGUCCUUGUCCUUUGGGAGGACUCAGAUGGUUCCCAUGAGGCUCACAGACAAGGGACGUACAAGUAUGCACUGCAGACAUCCACAGACACAACCCCCACAAAGUGCUUGUGCAUCCAUGUGGACCCUGCCUGGCUCCUGCCGAAGUUAGACUGUUCCUGCUGCUCCUGGGCUGCACAUCCCUCAAGGGCAAGUCUUACCCUGCCCAUGCUGCAGGCAGCAUGUGGGCUGAGCACAGCCAGCGACUGUUGCAUUUUUAAUUGCAGUGAGACAAGAGCAAGUCGAUUGCCUGGCUUCAAUGACUCCAGCAACAUUUCAGCAUCUGGCUGCUGGCUGUACACUCCAAACUCUCUUCUUAAAAGUAUUUAUAUAUUUAUACCACAGGCAUAAGUAUGUUACUUCAGGUAUCUUGUAAACUCUGGAGGGGUCUGGGCUUUGGAUUGCCAGUGGAGAGCUUCUCUUAGCAGAAGCUCCCAGGGACCCAGAGUGUUCCUGCUACACAGGCACUGUGCUGUCCCCAGAUGAUACACUCCUGUCUGAGCACUCCUUCAAGUUUAGGUGCCGAUGGCAGCUAAGGAAAUCUUCCAGGCCUCGGUGAGCUUUCCCAUAUGCUUUGUAUUGAAUUCUGUUGUAUUUACUCUGUUUUAUGAACUUCUCCACCAAGGUAUAACCCCAGGGAAAACCUCUGUGGCAGAGGGAGUUGUUCAUGCAGGGCCAAGAAGAAGCAUUUUCGCACCUUAGGACUGAGAAGCUGUGGGCUGACUUGCAUCUGCAGAAUGCUCCUCCUCAGUAGCAAGGGAGAGUUCGGGCUUUUUCCUCUGGCCAUUCUGCCCACAACUAGGGCCAAAGACAGCUGCUUCCAAGCUGAGUAUUUGUCACACUCCCUGGCUGAAGUGAGAAUGUGUUUCCUUUCCUAAAAGCUAAUAAAAGUUUCCUUUGGAACCUUUGA